UUGGCCGUCAGAUGUGGAACGCUUACGUCAGUCCGAUUCAAAAAUCCGAACCGGGCUCCGACGGAUGAGGAGUUUAACAGAAUGAAUCGAUCAGAAGAGAGAAUGGUAUAAAUCAGGUCUCUUCAUCUCUAUCGAUCAACCAUUUCUCGAUCGCUAGAGAGCUAAGAACUGGACACUGAGAAGUUCUGAAUGCCGAUUACAGACUCGCAUUGCUAAGGAAUCAUCCCGAUUUCUUUAAUUCACUUCUUCCUCUGAUACUUUUUCAGUAGAUUCGUGUUUGCUUCGGAAGCCGGCAAGCGAGAAGCUACAGAAAUGGCGUUGGCGUUCUGGAAUGAAUCUUCGCUCAGGAAUGAGCUCUCGCACCGGUCCGACAUUUUCGGGCUUCGGCUCUGGGUUUUGAUUGCUAUCUCCGUCGGCGUCGUUAUUGUUCUUGUCCUUUUUUUACUUGCUAUUUGCCUUGCCUACGGCCGCCGCCGAUCCCUUCCCUCCUCCUCUUCCCACAGAACCCUAAAACAUCUCUUCCGUGAUUCUAACGCUCCCAUCUCUAAGGAAAUCCUCGAUAUCUUCCGUCUCCAUUCUCCUCCUCGCGCAGGGGCCGCCGCUACCCAGAAUGCUGCCUCUCUACCCGUCGCCCAGGUUGGGAUGGACAUCCCGAACCCCAACCUCGGCGACGCGAAUCACCACGUCGUGUUAUACGAACAAAAGCCUCAGCUGACGCUGCCUUCGUCGUUGACAGCGAGCGCUGAAAGUCACAGCACGGUGGUUGAUGUCACUGUCUCGCCAACAGGGAUCGGUGGCCUGCCGGAGCUCUCGAAUCUGGGAUGGGGCCAUUGGUACACGCUUCGGGAGCUCGAGGAAGCCACAGGUGGCUUCGUGCAUGAGAACGUGAUAGGGGAAGGUGGGUACGGUAUCGUGUACCGUGGGGUCUUACCUGACAACACCAUGGUCGCUAUCAAGAACCUUCUCAAUAACAGGGGCCAAGCUGAAAAGGAGUUCAGAGUAGAGGUUGAAGCAAUUGGUCGUGUUAGGCAUAAAAAUUUGGUCAGACUGCUUGGUUUCUGCGUUGAAGGAAAUCAUAGGAUGCUUGUCUAUGAAUAUGUAGACAAUGGUAACUUGGAUCAGUGGAUUCAUGGCGAUGUGGGGGCUGCAAGUCCAUUGACCUGGGAAAUGAGGAUGAACAUAAUCCUAGGAACUGCUAAAGGUUUGGCUUACCUUCAUGAGGGACUGGAACCGAAAGUUGUUCACCGAGAUGUGAAAUCUAGUAAUAUAUUGCUUGACCGGCAGUGGAACUCUAAAGUCUCUGACUUUGGGCUGGCCAAGCUCUUGUGCUCAGAGAUGAGUUAUGUGACAACGCGUGUCAUGGGUACAUUUGGGUAUGUAGCACCAGAGUAUGCUAGUACUGGAAUGCUUAAUGAGAAAAGUGAUGUUUACAGCUUUGGGGUUCUUAUGUUGGAGAUCAUUUCUGGAAGAACCCCUGUCGAUUACUCAAGGCCACCUGGAGAGGUGAAUUUGGUUGAGUGGUUGAAGAAAUUGGUUGGAGAACGGAGAUCGGAGGACAUAUUAGAUCCUAAGAUUUUGGAGAAGCCUUCGUCCAAAGCACUCAAAAGGGCACUUCUAGUGGCUCUUCGCUGUGUUGAUCCUGAUGCACCAGAACGACCAAGAAUGGGUCAAGUCCUUCACAUGCUUGAAAAGUAGGAUUUUCUGUUCCGAGAGGAUCGGAAAAAUGGGUGAGAAGCAUCUAAUAAUCUCAAUCAGACUGCCAAAAUAGGAAUGAAGAUGGAAAUUUGGGUAGGUAGGCAUGACCAUCAAGCUAGGUGGAAUUGGUAGAGUAAUUAGUAGGAGUUAGGGGCAUUUUUUGCUUUGCUACAUAAGGGCAGAUCAAAAUUAACUUCAUUGAUUGCUCUAUUUGGUUUUUUUGUUUCCUCAUUUCCCAUAGCAUUUAAGGAUCCAUUAAAGCAUUUGUAUUUUUGUCUAUGCUGCCUCAUUUAUGCCAUUUUAUUUAUUUUUUGCUAUUUUUCAUUCAAUUCUACAGCUUAUGUAAGUUUUGUUUUAUUAAAAUUGUUCUAGUUUAUGACAGGUUAAUUAAUAUGUUCAGAGUUUAGUUCGGUAGCUCUAUUCAAGGUUUGAAAGUCGGUACAUAACAACAACAUCAAGCCUUUAUCCCACUACGUGCGAUGGGUUCUCCAUAAACUUGAUCAUUGCACAAAUAAUUAUAAAAAAUAUAUUUUUUGAAUGUUUUUACAUAAAAAUAAUAUGA